UGUAUUGAGCGCUAAUUAACCAGAACAGCAAAUUGACUAGCUUAUCACGUGCCUAAAAGGUACAGCUGUUAACCUGCGAACCUCUGUAAGCGGACUUGAGAGGCAUCGAACUGGAGGUGGAGAUGACAGAACUCAGAGUCAGGCAAUUAGAAUGGCAUUCCCCGCCCAAAUGAGAAGGGCGUGCUACAACAGGUAGCUCGAGCUUACGGGGUAUGUCAGACUUUGAUGUGCCCUUGACGGAAGAAGUGCAGGCAUUUCAGAGAAACGUUCAGCAUAUUCACUUUCCGAUAUGGCUUCUGACAAAACUAGCAACGUAAGAGUAGCUAUCGUGGGGGGAGGACUGGUGGGUGCUCUAAAUGCUUGCUUCUUUGCAAAGAGAGGUUGUCAAGUUCAUGUUUAUGAGGCAAGGGAAGAUAUUCGAACUGCAAAAGUUGUUCGUGGGAGGAGCAUCAAUUUGGCAUUGUCACAUAGAGGACGGCAAGCCCUCAAAGCUGUUGGGAUGGAAGACAAGAUUGUUUCAAAAGGCAUUCCCAUGAACGCAAGGAUGAUCCACUCUCUCAGAGGCAAAAAGACAUCAAUUCCUUAUGGAAAGAAAGGGCAGUACAUUCUAUCUGUUGACAGAGCAAAUUUAAAUCGAGAACUUUUAACUGCUGCUCAGCAAUAUCCCAACACUACCCUGAACUUUGAACAUAAGCUGCUGGACUGCCAGACUGAAAAAGGGACAAUGACCUUCCAGAGGCCUGAUGGAAAUACUCUGGAAACCACAUGUGACCUGAUUGUUGGAUGUGAUGGAGCAUUUUCAUCUGUCCGAAAACAAUUCUUGAGGCAGCCAAGGUUCAACUACAGUCAUACCUAUAUUCCACAUGGAUACAAGGAACUGACAAUUCCUCCAAAAGGCAAUGAGUUUGCAAUGGAGCCCAAUUUUCUUCACAUCUGGCCUAGAAACACCUUCAUGAUGAUUGCAUUACCAAAUCUGGACAAAACUUUUACGUGCACACUCUUCAUGCCUUUUGAGAAUUUUGAGAAGCUCACCACGGGUAAAGAAGUACUGGAGUUUUUUGAGCAAUACUUCCCUGAUUCAAUUCCUCUGCUAGGAGUAGAAGCACUGCAGAGGGAUUUCUUCCAGCUACCACCUCAGACUUUGAUAUCAGUGAAGUGCUCUCCAUACCACAUAAGCUCCAAAUACAUUCUAAUGGGUGAUGCUGCACAUGCAAUGGUACCUUUUUAUGGCCAAGGCAUGAAUGCGGGUUUUGAAGACUGCCUAGUUUUUGAUGAGCUGAUGGAUAAGUUUCACAAUGACUUUGGUACUUGUCUGCCUGAGUUUUCAAGACUCCGAGUCCCAGAUGACCAAGCUAUUGUAGAUUUGGCUAUGUAUAACUAUGUAGAGAUGCGAGCACAUGUUAAUUCAAAGUGGUUUAUUUUCCGAAGGCAUGUUGAUAAUUUUCUUCACCUUCUGUUUCCUCGAACUGUUGUGCCUCUUUAUACCAUGGUUACCUUUACCAGAAUACGAUACCAUGAAGUUAUAAAAAGAUGGACAUGGCAAACAAAGGUCAUAAACUUGGGGCUGUCUGUUACGGGAGUAGCAACAGCAGUAAGUGGAGUGUACUUUCUUGUGAAGUAUAUGCCAGACAAACUGAACGCAGGACUGCAGUCAUGGAAAACCUUUAUCUAUCACUUCCAGAAAACUCCAUGAGAGAGAUGUUUGCAGCUAAACCUGCACACACACACACACACACACACACACACACACACACACACACACACACACACACACACACACACUAACCCCAUUGCCAAUGAUACAUUGUUUGUAUACUUUUGUUUUUGUAUACUGUUAAGAAUUAUGUUCCAUGACAGUGCUAUUUUCUUAAGAACAGGUGUUAAUAAACAUUCACAGGAAUAUUUAUUUUUUCAGAGGUUGCAAAUGCAUUUUAUAUGUGAGUACUGAGGUUAUCACUGUAUGCUCAGUGUGUAGACCCCAGAGCAGUACUAUACAGUUGUAUUCAGCUAAAAAUUAUGUAGCUGCACACAACUGAGCAGUUUUUUCUGUACCCAAGCAUGUUUGUCACAAACUAUGAAAUAAGGCAAGUUUACUGAUGGGGUUAUGAACACUCUAUAAACUAAUUUUAUAUUUUGAUAAUUUUAUGUAGCAUUUUCAAUUGUUCUUGUGCCAUAUUAAUAAAGUUACACCGAUUUUCCAACUCA